GUUUCAUUGACCACCGUGCCAUUGGCUAAUGUGAAGUCAGAUCAAUAUACUAUGAUGGAAGAUCGCAUGGGUAUGACGAUUACUUCUGGCAAUGUUGUCAUACAAAAAGAUAGCAGUAAUCUCAUAGGCAUAAGCAUCGGAGGUGGAGCACCCCUCUGUCCUUGCUUAUAUAUUGUACAAAUAUUUGAUAAUACACCUGCGGCAGUAGAUGGUACUUUACAGUCAGGAGAUGAACUUGUUGCAGUAAAUGGAACUUCGGUUAGAGGAAAGACCAAGGUAGAAGUUGCAAAAAUGAUACAAUCAUGUGACUCCCAAGUCAGUAUCAAUUACAACAAGUUACAUGCUGAUCCUAAACAAGGUCGAACACUUGAUAUAGCUCUUAAAAAGGUGAAACAUAGACUAGUAGAAGGGAUGGGAAGUGCAACAGCAAACGCAUUGGGACUGUCACGUGCUAUUCUUUGCAAUGAUGCACUUGUACAGAGACUAAUGGCAUUGCAGCGAACAGAAAAUUUAUACAGGGGUCUAGUUUCUCAUGCUCAAUCUACUUUGCAUGCAUUUUUUGACUUAACACAAAUAUAUAAAGUAUUUGGAGACACCUUCGCUGCAAUAGGAGUCAGAGAGCCACAACCACGAGCCAGCGAAGCCUUCAGACAGUUUGGUGAACAACAUAGACAAAUGGAGAAGUUUGGAGUAGCAAUGUUGAAGUCGUUGAAACCCAUAUUGAACGAUCUAGGCACGUAUCUUCAUAAAGCUAUCCCAGAUACUCGAUUAACUAUCAGCAAGUAUGCCGAUGCGAAAUUUGAGUAUCUUUCAUAUUGCUUAAAAGUGAAAGAAUUGGACGACGAGGAGCAAAGUUACGCGGCACUACAAGAACCUCUUUAUCGAGUGGAGACAGGCAAUUACGAAUAUCGUUUAGUUUUGAGAUGUCGACAAGAAGCUCGAGCAAAAUUUGCGAAACUUCGAUCGGAUGUACUCGUAAAACUUGAAUUACUAGACAAUAAACAUGUUCAAGAUGUUGUAUGGCAAUUGCAAAAGUUUGCAGCUGGCUUAGGAAAAUAUUAUUCCAAUACGAAAGAUCUGCUGUCCGCUGUGACACUGUUUCCUGUAGAGGUUGACUUGUCGCACUCUGCGUUCCAAUAUAAAUCUAUUGGAACACAAAUAAUAACUGAUGGAGAAGAUGUAGAUGAAUUUGAGCCCGAAGAAAAAUCAAACAAUGAAGAGCUCCUUAUAGAUACACAGAACCUUACAGACACACUUAUAACAUCGGAACCAGAUAAUAUGUAGCACUUUAUUUCUAAUAAUUUUGGGAGCCAUUGUUUAACGCUUUUAAAAUUCUAAUGGACAAGAAUU